CUGGCGCUGUUUGGGCGCUGCCCCGGAAGGGGCGGGGCGGGCUGGGCUGGGCUGGGCUGGCAUGGCGGGCGCGGCGCUGUCGCGGGUACCGGUGGUGCAGAUCGAUGGCGAUGGCGUGUUCAAGUACGUGCUGCUGCGGGUGCGCGGCGCUGGUACGCCACACAAGGACAUCGUGCGCGGCCACGGCUGGGCCGAGUACCACGCCGACCUGUUCGAGCGCACCGCGGAGGAACUGGCGCGGCACGGCCUGAGCUGCGAGUGCUUGGGCGGUGGCCGCCUCGCCCACCGCCCCGAGGAGAGGAAGAUCCACGUCUACGGGUACUCGGUGGGCUUUGGGCGAGCUGACCACACUGUGACCACGGAGAAGCUGAAGGCCGAGUACCCCGACUACGAGAUCACCUGGGCAGACGAAGGUUACUGACUGCUCUGGCCGUGGGGCCAGCCUGGAGCUGGCAUGGUGCCGAGGCAGUGCCAGCAGGCUCCCUGUGCCCGGCAGUGCUCUGGGCUCUCUUGCUUUUCCUCUGAGAACUCGCCUGUUCCCCACCGUCACUGGACUGUCCAUGUGCCAGGUGCUCCUACCUUCCUGGCAUGGCAAAGCUGGUGAAAUCAGUGGUCACUCCAUCCCAGCCUCCCAGUGCUGGGGGCUCGUCCCACGCGUCUGUGAGAAUUAAACUCGUUGGGGAGCAUAGCUGCUCGGGUGGCCACGCUCAUGGCUCGGCUGCUCCUUUCCCAGCUCUGGGUUGCGCCCGCUGACAGCAGGAGAGACCCCGCAGGGUUUCAGCCCCUUGAGGGGGGUCUGACCCUGGAGUGGGUAGGGUCUGGGGAUAGGGGCAACAGGAGGUACGUUGGGAUUUGCCUUGGGAAGGGCUGAGACAGGAGGGGGGGAAAUGAUGGGUUCUCAAGCCUGGGGGAGGGAAAGGCAGGGUGAGGCCUGUACCCAGUGUCCUGCCCCAGGCUCUAAAGGAAGCUCACAGUGAGGGGUAAUGAGCCUCGUGGGCAAAAAAAGGGUUUUCCUGUGCCUCAUCCUUCCUUUCUGCAAGGUGUGACCCUCCCCUGUGCCAGGACGGAAUGUCACCCAGUACUCACAUGGAGGAGCACAGCUUCCCUGCAAGUCUUUGGAUCAUGGAGCUUGGAGGCGUAUCUGGGAUGUCCUGUCCAUCCAUCAGCACAGCAGGACCAGCUCCAGCAGGUCUAUCCUGAUGACAUUGUUGGGAUGUCCUGUGCAGCGUCAGGAGUUGGACUCACUGGUCCCUGUGGAUCCCUUCCAACACAGGGGAUUCCAUCGUUCCAUGAUUUUAUUCUAUGAUUAGGUUCCUGGGGGCUGUGGCCAAAUGGGAUUUGGGAAUGUCCCUGAACCCAGACCCCCUGGCAGCCUGCUCUGGUUUUGAGAACCCUCACAAGGAAAAAGGUUUCUCUUAACCUUAAA